AUGAGUUCCGAGGCGGCUUCUGACUUUGGGGAUAUGGUGACGAACUUCAGGCGGGGCAUGAUCCCCAUUGUGGGUACUGCCUGCCUGGGCAUCCUCCUCAUCGUUGCCCUUCUCCUUCACUGGAAGGGCCAACGCCUGGCCUUCCUCGUGCGGUGGUCUCUCAUCCUGUGCGCCUUCUUCCAAACGGUGACGAGCGUGGCCUAUUUCAUCACCCCGGCCUGGGAGUGGGGCGUCCAGCUGGGUGUCACCGGCGUGUUCGGUGUCUACGCCGGCCUUUCCCGCCACCCGGACUUCCUCAUCGUCAACUCGUUCGUCGGCCUGUUCAACCUGCUCGGCCUGCUCGGCCGCCUCGCCUGGUUCACCUACACCGUACCGCUCUACUCCAUCUUCGAGGACCAGGCCUACACGCCCUGCAUCCAGUGGUUUGACCUCGACCAGUGGACCGACAGCCCGCUGUGCUUCCAGUACACCACGGCCGUCCGCUUCCUCUCCUACCUCGUGAUCUUCAUCGCCGCCAAGCAAACGCUGGUGUCCUACUUCCUGGCCAAGGUACCGCCGGCCGAGGAAACGUAUGAGCACGUCGGCGUUGUGAACGAUAAGGAGCCGUAUGUCCGCUACUGA